AUGGCAAAGGCACGUCCCGACGAGAAAUAUCAAUUACAAGGAUGUGUGACAAUUCAAGAUCAACACUAUAACAAGGACAUCAUUGCUUGCGGCGCUAGCGGCAUCAAUGCCUUCAAAUUCAAUGCAGAUGCACCUGCAUUUGUGCCCAGAGCGCCCGUGCCAGCUCCUCCUCCAGCAUCUGUGCCCGUUUCGGGCUAUUUCCUUCCCUGUUUCCCAAUUUUUGGUGGGACUAACGGGACUGAUUGGUUAUUUCUUGGUGACCAGGAUACCAUUUCCUUGGUUUCGAAAUCCAAUGCCACCUCGCCCACGCAGCAAUCUAAACAUGUUCUCACUGAGGAGCUUCAAAAGAAAAUUAUCAAGCAGAUGGAAUAUCAGUUCAGUGACAUGAGCUUAUUGGCAAAUGAUAACUUGGCCAAGCAGAUUUACAAGGACCGUGAAGGCUAUGUUCCAAUAGCUAAUGUUGCAUCGACCAAGAAAAUUAAGUCCUUUGUUGGUAGUAAUCAUCAAUUGCUGGCACAGGCUCUUUGGGCCUCUACAAAACUGGAUGUAAGUAAUGACGGUAAGAGGGUUAAACGUAAGGUGCCAUUCACCGACAAAGUGAAAGAGGAGCUGCAGCUGCGGACUAUUGUAGCUGAAAAUCUACCUGAUGAUCACUCCCACCAAAACAUUGAGAAAAUUUUUAAUGUGGCCGGAUGCGUGAAAACGAUUCGGAUAUGCCAUCCUCAGGACCCUAAUACUCGUUCGAAGGGAGAUUUUAUUAUCAGUACUAAGCUUCAUGCGUUAGUAGAGUUCGAGAAUAGUGAAUCAGCUGAGAGAGCGGUUGAAAAACUCAAUGACCAAAAGAAUUGGAGAAAAGGCCUACGCGUCAGGUGCUUGCUAAGACGAUCGCCAAAGUCCGUCCUGAAGAGCAAGAAGUCAGAGUUUGAUGGUCUUUUAGAUGAUGAUGAGACACCACCAGGAUCCAGCGUAGUAUCACCUGAACUGUCUCCUCGCCCAAUUAUCUCGGAUUCACCUCCAGAAAAUAACGGUUAUGAAAGUUCAGGCGCAUCAAAGACGAAAGCAUGGAACAAAGGGCGUGGCAAACCUCGACACCGUCUUACCAGUAGUCACAGUGGGCGCGGCUUGCUCUCCUUGUCACCACAGUCGAAUAACGGCAUCUUCAUCCUUGGAGAGGCACCAUUGACAAGGCAAAAUGCAAAGGGUCCUAAAAUGCCAGACGGAACCAGGGGUUUUACCAUGGGCAGGGGGAAGCCAAUCAGUGUCUCUGUUCCCAUCCAGACUUGUCAAGCUGUGGUGUAAUUGAUGCUUUUUCUACCCAAUUUUGCAGCAUUACCACUCUUAGCUAAGUGUACAAAAGUUUGGCAACUUUUUUUUUUUUUUUGGCUGGAGAGCUAAAGAAAAUGUAGUCAAUCAACAAUUGUACGAGGACUGUUCAGCCAUCUACCAAUAAGCACAGCUGCACGAAUACAUCAUGGCAUGCGAGAAUCAAGAUGAUUACCAAGCUGCACCAAAGCUUUAUUUAUCUCAGCUUUCCCUUGGUUUGGGAAAUAUGUGUCUUAAGAAAAUGAUAUUCCC